AUGGCAGCUCCACCGCUGGCCUUGCUGAAGAACGCCGACGGCUAUGAAGAUGUGGCCGCAAGAGUCAAACCAUCGGCUGCCGCAGCCUGGGACAUCCCCAGCGAGACCCUGGUGGAGCUUGUGGAGGAGUGGGUGCAGUGUGAGCACGGCAAGCUCCAAGGCUACAUUAAGGCCAAGAACUUGCCGGCGGUUGCCUCCAAAAAUCCCGGCGACUGGCUGGAGGUGCGAGACAGCUACGCAGGCAACACAGAGACAUGCAUGCGCCGUCAUUGUGAACAAGAUGCAUCGAAAGGCAAUGUGGUAUGCUUUGUUGAGAACGGUGCCAAAGCCGUGAAGCUUGUGGAAAGAUGGGUGGAAUGCAGGUGGCGUGGGCAUCGUAACUUUGUCAAAGCUCGGCAUGUACAACCUGCUCCGCCUGGUGCGUCUUUGGAGACUGUGACUGCGGCGCCCGCCGCCCCGGCAGCUAGAUCCAGCGCUGCGGCCAGCCCAGGAAAGGCGCGGCCGGGUCCAAGCAAGGAAGAGCCUCCGGCAAAGCGGGCCAAGACAGGCGGUGCAGCAGGCGGUGCAGCAGGCGGUGCAGCAGGUGGUGCAGCAGGCGGUUCCCCUCGCCCGCCUUGCAAGUAUGGGGCUGGUUGCUAUCAGAAAAAACCGGCGCACCGCGCCAAGUUCUCGCACCCUGGUGAUCCUGACUUUGACAAGGGUGAUGCAGACGCUGAGCCGAGCUCGUCUUCCAAAGCCAAGCCUGCCGACGUGGAGAUGCCCCCCGCAGAGGAGGAUGAGGCUGCAAAGGCUGAGGAGGUUGCACCAGCCGCAGAGCCAGAGCCUGUCGCGGAACCUGCCGUACCUCCGCCUGAAGCUGAAGCACCUCCGGCACCGGCGUCACCUGUUGCAGCCCCUGCGCCCGCGGCACCUGCUGCGGCUGCCGCAGCACCCGCACCUGCACCUGCAGCACCAGCACCUGCAGCAGCUGCAGCAGCUGCAGCAGCUGCGGCACCGGCGGCACCUGCUGCGGCGCCGGCAGCUGCACCAGACGGAGAGUGUCGUGAUUGUGACUGCUGCUUCGACAAUGUCCCUGGCACCGAUGGGAUUUGCUGCCCUGGCAAAGCGCAUUUCUUUUGCAAGGCCUGCGUAGGCAACUUCUUGGAAUCGUUUAAGACGGCAGACUACGCUGAUCAAAAGAAGGGCAAAGGACGAGCAUUGUGCCCCAUGAAGGAUUCAGACACGCCAUUCGGCGACUCUGUGCUCGCAGCAGUGGUGCCUCAGGACACGUUUGAUGACUACCUGCAGAUUAGAAUCAAGGUGGCGGAGCAAAGCAUCCAGGAGCACUUCGAAAAAGAGAACAGCGCCAAAAUUGAUGAACUGAAAGACAAGCUGGCAAAGGCCACCGGCAGCAGUGAGCAGCUUGAGUUGGACAAGCACCGCCUCAAGAUCAUCGACGACAUCUUCACGUUGAAAUGCCCAAGGUGCAAGAUGGCUUUCCUGGACUACGACAAUUGCAGUGCGAUCAGCUGCUCGGGCUGCAAGUGUGGCUUUUGCUCCUACUGCCUGCAGGACUGCGGAAAAGACGCCCAUAAGCAUUUUUACGAUCACGGCAGCAAAUGCCCCACCGAAGGUGGGCCCCUAUUCAUUGAGUACAACUUGUGGCAGGAGUACCAGAGCAACCGUAAGGGGCGCUUGCUUUGUGAAUUCCUGGCGACCUUGCCGGAAGAUGUUCGCAAGAAGGUUGCAGACCUGGUGGCGCCGGAUGCCAAAGAUUUGGGUAUCGACAUGCCGGAGGACCUCAGUGCCGCCAGCCUGGCGCCGGAGGCCCAUGGCAUCCAGCGGCUCAAGCUGAAGGUGCCCCACAGGCUUCGCCCACUUCUGAACCACGUCAAGAAAGAGUUGCCGGCAUCGGUGGAGCUGAAGGUGCCUGCCGCCACUGACCCGGUGUCGACCUUGGGCAUGGGAGUCACCCCGGCUAUGAAGGCUCCCGGCAAAAAGGGCAUUGCUGCGCACCUUCCUGCGAACCACAAGGUCAAGCUGGAAGAUGAAUGGGUACAAUGUAAAGGGCCGAAGCACGUUGUGGCAAAUGGCUUCAUCAAGGCGAAGCAUGUGAAGGGGCAGCUGCUUCCAGGAAAGAAGGCGACCGUGUGUGAAGCAAACGGUUAUGGCAGCGUCCUUGUUCGCAAGGAAGCGUUGCAGGCUGAAGGAAAAAACGCAAUUGGGUACAUCGACGAUGGUACAGAUGUGGAGGUUGCCAGCCACUGGGUGGAGUGCAGCUGGGAAGGAGCUGGCCCCAUGAAGCAUGGCUUUGUGCAGGCAGUCCGGCUGGUGGAGAAUGACGUUAGUUUGAAAGGACCCACCGAGGAUUGCGAAGCUGCGCUGCAACUGUUGGAGGAAAAGCUGGAGAUGAAGAUCGAGAUCUUCUCCCUAGGUGGUUGGAAGCCAAAGGCCAAAGCAAAGGCAAAGGCGAAAGGCAAAGCCAAAGCCAAAGCCAAAGCCAAAUAG